AUGAAAUGGCCUUUGGACAGAAUGCGGCCCGUGGGAGCCAAAGUACAACUUUCCAUUCCCAGCCAAGCUAAACGUCGUUCCGGUAUUAUUUUCAAAGGUCCUUCAUCGAAUGAUCGUUAUAUCGAACUGGAGGAGCAGGACCUAUUGAGAACUAGCAGUCCGAUGAACGAAACUCCUCAUCAUGAUACCCAGAAACGUCGAAUGUUGUACAUUCCAGACACCUGGUACUCACGUUCAUUCGCCUUGAUUGGAAUUAUAGAGACUAUCCUCACUGUCGCUAUUGAAAGCUGGAUCUUCGUUAGCAUUUCAAAACACUUCGAUGCUUUUGGCAACACUCAGGGCACUCUGCGCCUUCGAUCAUUUCUGGCCCUUUAUAUCUUCGCUCUUCUCUAUGAGCUGGUACUAGCUUACGACGCCCUACGACGCAAAAAUGCCUUCCAGCUAGUCGGUCUCUGCUGUUGCAACCUCGGUCUUUUUGCAUAUGGAAUCGUUCAGACACAUGAGGUUCGGGAAACUAUGCUCAGCUUGGCGGUAGACGUGUCGGAAAGUGCGCAUCUUUGGAGGCUUUAUCGGAUUGGAUUGAUCGUCGUGCCUGUGCUUCUGGGAAUUGCCACUAUCGCCAUGAGCUUUGUGACGUGGAAAUUGCGGGCGGAGUUUGCCUGGUAUAUAUACAAGGAUAUCAGUGCGGAUUUGCAGAUGAAUCGUCACUAUUUCAUUUACCAGGUUUAUAUUGCGCUGUUGAAGUUUGACUUCUUCUUCAUAUUCGGUUCUCAGCUUCAAAUCCUUCUUGCCAUUAAAUCCUCCAGGAACUUCGACUUCAUAAUCGAGGCAGUCAUGAUUCCCAUUGGCAUUUUGACUCUGGUACUAGCAGCACGCUUCUGUCGAAUGGAAAAGACCAAGUCUCUCUUUGUCGUCAUGUCAUUCAUGUGCGUGAUCAUAGCAAGCUUCAUCCUGAGUCUGUAUGAAACAUUCAACACAAAUUCCAGCAUAAAAGUUUACCAGGUUUCCUUAACCCUGUUGACUACAAUUGCCAUCUUACUUAUUGUAGCCACGCUCGUCAACUCAGUUUUGUGCAUUCGCGGCUUCAAUAAAGGACUGAAGCAGCAUAUUGAGAGUCUUCGGAAGACACAGCCUACUCAUGAGGGGGAUAACUGGGAUCAAGAUACGAAGUCACGAUUUGAAAUCAAUUAA